GUAUUUGUAUUCAACCUCAAUCACAUCAGUUUUAAUUUGUGCUUCUCCCAAAUGUUUUUCAUGCACUUUUUUGGUGACAUGGAGUCCUUUUCACUGGCUCUAUUGGCUUAUGAUCGCCUGAUUGCUAUCUGCUUUCCUUUGCGCUACCCUACUAUCAAUACUAAUCUGAGGAUGGUGCUUAUCAUAGCCGGGCUUUGGCUUCUGGUUUUUUUGAUUGAGCUUUACCCUGUAGCUCUGGCCAGUGGUCUGUCCUACUGUAGAUCAAGGGUCGUGCCAAGCUGUUGUUGUGAGCAUGGCCAGGUUUACAAGCUAGCUUGUGGAGAUACGUCAUAUAACAGGAAUCUGGCAACUACUAAGACGUUAACUGUUCUCUUUGGCCCUCUAACUUUUAUUAUUUGCUCGUAUGUCAUAGUGGUUGUGGCAGUGUUGCGAGUUGCAUCUACAACCCAACGCUGGAAGGCCUUCCACACCUGUCUUACUCACAUGGUUCUGGUGCUUAUUUAUUAUAUGCCAGAUUUUGGCUUACGUACUAGGGAACUUGCGAUUAGUGCAAUCAGUUGAUCUUUUCACAACAAUUCUGACAGUUCCACUACACUGCCGGCCAUGUUAAACCCUAUCAUAUAUAGUCUAAAGACUGAGGAACUGCAAGACAAGUUGCUGAAAUGUUUUAAACCACGUAAAGUGUCACCACAGUUGAUGAACAAGUGUUAA